CUUAAAAUUAUUAUUUUAAUAGUUUAAUGUCAAAUUCCAAUCACUGACUCAGAAGGUUUUAAGGAUUCAGUUUAAAACAUGUUCACCCUCAAGAAAAAGUGUCUAAUAAACUUGUGAAUAGGUGAUCCUCAGCUCCCUCCUGUGGUCAAUAGGUGUAUCCGCAUUAAUGAAAUAAACACGCACAGGGUGGACGCACAGUCAGUCGAGUGAACACUGAAUACAGAUUAAGGGGAUUUCUAUGAUAUUCCAGGAUAUUUUACAACACAUUUGACUUUGUGAUUGUCUCGGCCAGCAGAAGAUCGAGAUCAGCUUUAACCUGAUGGAGUAAAACAGGUGAACUGGAAAGCUCAUGUAAACACUGGCAGCGAUGAAUGGACAAUCCUCCGAGACUCUGGAUCUCGACUCAAGAGAUUUUACUGAACGCCUCUUCCUCUGCUUCAGUAAUGAAGAUGUAAAGCUCUGAGUCUCUGGAUGGUUCAGGAUGGAUGAGUCUCUGGCUUCUACAGACCUGUGAUGACCAUUAAUUUCCAGCACAGGUUAAACCACAGUCAAACUUCAUGAGGACUGAUCAUUCAUCAUGCAUUUACGGUAAAUCUUGAUUAGUUAUUUGUGCACAUUUCAGUGAAUGAUCAUUAAAGUCUGAGUGAGCUAAUGACUAAACACAUUUACAUAUUCAAAUAACAGAUGCACAAGAUCAGAUCGAUGUGUUAAAUCAUCAAUGAAUGUCUGAACAUGUUCAGUUGCGCCACUUUAUUUUGACCUUCGACAUGAAAUUGAUAGUGGUCUAUGUGUUUGCUUCAUAACAGUAUCUUACCUGUCCAUGAGUGGAUGUCCUUCAUUACAGGGACUGUCUAUCCACACGUCCCACAGCUCUGCUUUUGUUGACCGUAUGACCCAAACACGUCCUUUAUUUUGUAGAAGAGACGCAUAAACUGACUUCAUUUCAUGCAGUAUAUAACAGUUAAAGCACAGCUACAGCACAGCAUUGAAACACCAGCUGCAAUUAUUGGUUUCUUUGCAUUUGUAAUGUUCAGUUACAGCUUAAUCUGUGAAUAACUGCUGAUAUUGACCUUUCUUCUCAAUUUUAAAUAAAGAUGUUGUGCCUUAGAGCAUUUAAAUUUUUGCAAAUAAUACUGACGAUGAAACACCAGUGUUUUACCUUUGUUUAUUAAAGUGUUUAACUCUAGAUUUGGGGUUGAUUGUACCAGCAGUGCAUGAGAGUUAAAACAGCCUGGUUGGGACAUAAAUGGACAGAUAGAAUCAUCAAUCUAGUAGUCGGUGGACUUGCAUCUUUGCUUGUUCUGGUGACCAUCAUUAGCUCAUUCGUCUUUCCUUCACUGCCUCCCAAACCACUCAAUAUAUUCUUUGCCAUCUGCAUCAUGCUAGUCUGCGGCUCAGUGUUGGUUCUGAUAUACUGGUAUAGGCAGGGCGAUCUGGAGCCUAAGUUCCGCAACUUGAUCUACUACAUGCUCUGCUCCAUCGUUCUGCUGUGUAUCUGUGCCAACUUGUACUUUCACGAUGUGGGACGUGAUAAACAGAGCAAUGCCUUAUAAAAACCACAGGAAGCGCAGAAUGUUCAUCGUUAUGUGGGAGCUUUGGAAACCCACAUAAACCCCACCUGAAUUCUUGAAUCAGGAGAAUUCAUUUUCCUACAAGCCCCGUUUGUGUGGGCAGGCCAGUCUGCCUUUGGGAGCCAUAUUAAUGCACAUAAACAUAUUAUAGAUGCAAAUAUGUUAGCGAUCAGUAGCACUCUGGGAUGUCCGUGCACAUGUUUGCACCCUCAACGCUGUACACAGCUUAACUUAUAUGCCAAUGUAAAGACAAGAGCAGAGUUUUUGAGAUAAGCCAUCCACAAUGCUUUUAUAUUUGUACAUGAUACAUCUACGGUACACAUUCCUAAUGAAGAAAUUGCUUAUUUUGUAUUUAAAUUAUUAGAAAAGCAAUCUCGAAUAAGAGCACUUGGUUAAAAAAAUGCAGCGGUUGUUGAGAAAUUGUUUGUUUUUUUGUUCAUUUUUUUCUAAAUUAAUGAACAGUGUUCUUUGAUUGGGUGAAAACCUUAUAUUUUUGGUUAUAACCUGGUGUAAUUUGGUUUUAUGUAAUGAAUAAAUACAUAUACACUGUG